UCUUUUCCGGUCGCUGACAUACGCAGAGUGCAAACUUUCUCUCUCAUUUUCGUGCCGUUUUUCCCAGCAACUACCGUGAAAAUGGCCAAGAAGAAAAGUGACGAGCAAUCGGCGGAGGGUGGCGGUGACCAUGAGUAUGGCGAGGAGCCGGGAUUCGACGAUCCACCUGGUUUUGUGGACGAUAUUUCCGACGAAGAUCUGCUGGCGGACAUGCUGAAGCAGAAGCCCUGCGCCACGGACGGCGUGGAGAGUGUAAUUGUGGUGGACAAUAUCCCCAUUGUCGGGCCGUCGCGCAUGGAGAAGCUGAAGUCGGUGAUCGAGAAGCUGUUCUACGCCUUUGGCGAGGUCACGAACUUCUUCUAUCCGCUGGACGACAACGGCAACACGAAGGGCUAUGUCUUCCUGGAGUACAAGAACCCAGAGAAUGCUGAGGAGGCGGUGAAGGAGAUGCACAAUCACCGACUGGACAAGAACUACACCUUCGCGGUGAAUCUGUUCACGGACUUCAACAAGUACGAGAACAUCCCGAAGGAUUGGGAAGCCCCCAAGGCGCAGCCCUACACCGUCCAGAGUGAUCUGUACAACUUCCUGCAGGAGCCCGACGCGUACGACCAGUUCUGCGUGGCCGCCGAGACGGCGCCGUCCAGCGUCCAGGUGCAGUUCUGGCAGAACACUCUUCCUGAGCCCACGGACAUCGAGAAGAGAGACCGCUUCACUGACACGUUUGUCAAGUGGUCGCCUCAGGGCACGUACAUCGUGACGUUCCACAAGCCCGGAGUCGUGCUAUGGGGUGGCAGCAAGUUCGUCAAGAUAAACAAGUUUCCGCACCCGGGCACGCAAUUCGUGGACUUCUCGCCGUGCGAGCAGUAUCUGGUGACAUACGGGCCGACAUCGGUGGGGCAGAAGAUCAUCAUUUGGGACAUUCGCACGGGCCAGGAGAAGCGCUCCUUCAUCUCCGAUGGCGUGAGCAAUCUGUCCAUGUUCCGGUGGUCGCACGAUGACAAGUACGUGGCCAGGAUGGACGAGGGCGCAAUCUACAUCUACGAGACGCCCAAUUUCUACUUGCUGGACAUGAAGUCGAUCAAGGUGGCGGGGAUCAGGAGCUUCAGCUGGUCGCCGACGGACAACAUCAUUGCCUACUGGGUGGCAGAGACCACGGAUGUACCGGCCAAGGUGAGUCUGCUGGAGAUCCCGAAGAAGCGCGAGAUCAGGAACAAGAAUCUGUUCAAUGUGGCCGACUGCAAAAUCCACUGGCAACAAUCUGGUGAUUAUCUGUGCGUGAAGGUGGAUCGCUUCUCGAAGCUGAAGAAGGACAAGAAGGACUCGGACGUGAAGUUCCUGGGCAUGUUCUAUAACUUUGAGAUCUUCCACAUGCGCGAGCGUGACAUCCCAGUGGAUUCGGUGGAGAUCAAAGACCUGAUCUUGGCCUUCGCCUGGGAGCCGAUUGGGCAGAAGUUUGCCAUCAUUCAUGGCGAGCAGACAAGCGCCAAUGUGACGUUCUACAAGGUGCAGACAGGGCAGAAGCCGGCGAUGAUCAAGAAGCUGGAGAAGAAGGUGUGCACACACCUGUUCUGGUCGCCACGCGGACAAUUCAUCGUGCUGGCCAAUCUCACGUUGGGCGUGUUUGAGUUCAUUGACACCAACAACUACUUCCUGGUCAUGAACACGGGCGACCACUUCAGGGCUUCCGAGGUGGAGUGGGAUCCCACGGGGCGCUAUGUUGUGACGGGUGUGUCGGCGUGGAAGGUGAAGGAGGACAAUGGCUACUACCUGUGGAACUUCCAAGGGCGCUGCCAGAAGCGCGUGAUGCUGAAGAACUUCGUGCAGUUUCUCUGGCGUCCGCGGCCGGCGUCACAGCUCACUGAGCAGGAGCAGGUGAAGAUCUUGAAGGAGCUGAAGAAGUACUAUCCGCAGUUCGAGAGCAAGGAUCGCAUGCGCAUGACCAGGGCGUCCAAGGAGUUGCUGGAGAAGAGAGCUAAACUGCGUGAGGCGUUCAAUGAGUAUCGCACCAAGAGAAUCGCCGAGUGGCAGAGCCAGAAGACGAGGAGGCUUCAGAUGAGAAAUCAUAUCGACACCGAUAACUUGGACACGGACGAUGUUGAAGAGGAGAUUGUGGAAUUUUUAGUCAAAGAGGAAACAACGGUUCUCGAGUAGUCAUUCAAAGAUUCCUCGUAUUUUUCGGCAAGGUGGAGUUUCUGCCUUGCUGCCUCUGGAUUUGCUGGAUUCUCUGGACACUGAAGGAUUGCGAUCGAGUGUAUUUUAUCGAGGAAAAAAGGGGGAAUUCUAGUGGAAUUUGCGCGCAUUUUAUAUGAAAAA